AUCAGAUACUUCAGUCUAUAUUGAAGUACAGAAUACAUAAAAAAAAUGAACAUGAACCUGGUCAGGGGUGUUUCUUUUGUAUGUUCAGCCGAAUUUUUGUUUUGUGUAUAGGUCAUUUUUAUAGUGUAAUAGCAUUUCUUAUUGGGAAGUAUGACGUGCUUGUUUUCUACAUGGAUUAAGAUUAGACUGUCCUACUUCCCAGCAAGUCGGCUCUAAUGCAUCUUGAAGCUGAUGAGACAUCUAGAUUUUUUGAGUAAAGUACCAUAUUUGAAUAUUGACUAUACUUUUCGAGCUUAAUUCAGGUUUAAAAUUUUGAAAAUUUUUCAUCUGAGUCGAGACUUUUUUCGAUCCAACAGUACAACACUGUAAGGUGGAAACAAGCGCUGUUACAACGAUAUAGACUGGCGAGUCGCGUUGUUUUUAGAACUUGGACAGAAACUUUUAUGUCCCUGAUUUACUCAUAACUGUUCAGAUUGCACUUUGCAGUGUUUUGUACAGUGUGGAGCUAGACGUUUCCUAUUGAUUGAGAACACGGUCUUUAUUUUGAUAUGGAGAACCGUUUGUUAACCGGAAAAGAGUUGAUAGAUAAAAAAUACUGCGGGCCGAAAGACUUCCCGACUGUGGGCUGGAGGGAAUAUCGGCCGUCAGAUACUUGGCUGGAAAAGAAACAAAUUCAAGCUUGUCUGGAGGACAAGUUAUCACUUUUGAGAUCGGAGAGAAUUGAUAAAGUUGCCAAUCUAGCAACAGCUGAGUGGCUCCCAGAACACCAAAAGGCAAAAGUAACUAAAAAAGUUGGAAAACACUGGGAUGUGUUUGGCCAUUAUAAAGAAAAUGCUGAUUGGCUUUAUCCAGAGGAAGCUUUAUUUUUAAUAGAAACAAAUGUCUUGCAACUAUUGUAUGGAGAGGUACCAGUUAGUGUUGAGCAGGGUUAUCUGUUGCUCAUCGGAGAUGAUGUCACACUUGCAGAGUACAGAGUUUAUUCGUUCUUAUUAAAGAGGGGCUAUAAAGUUACCAGGCAUUGCAAAAAUAUUAAAAGAACAAAAUAUAAAAAACAAGUCCCUCUUGAUCAAGUUUUUCAAAGUAAUAAAUGUGACCAAUCGUUGCAGAAUUUGGAUGUCUCGAGUAAAGGAUUGAAAGAUGUAAGCUCAUGUGGUGCUGAAAGUGAUUUGGAAAAUAAAAAUAUUGAGAACAAUAAAAAGACAGACCAACAAACAAAAAACGUACCUGCUUCCAAAGCUUUACUUGAUGACGUGUAUGUUGUUGAAGAUUCAGUUGAAGUUAUAGAAGUUGAAGAUAGUGAUACUUCAAUGAGGGAAGUAAAAAAACUGGAGAAUAAAGUUGAUAAAGUUGAAAAUGAACAAGAAUCAAUUUUGAUUGAAGACGAAGAUGAUGACGAUGAUGUUGACAUAGUGUUUGUAUCUAACAACUUAUGCAGCAGGUGUUGGUACCCUCCUUUAACCAAAUCACUCAUUCCACAAAAUUGGCAAGAUGAAGGAAAUUCAGAACAAAGUAUAAAAUAUGUAAAAAAAUUUAAAGAAAGUGAUUAUCUUGAUUUAUCAACAAAAACAACCAGUGAUAUUUUAAAAACAAUAGGUGGCAAUACCCAAAAAAAUUUAUUAUUUGCUCCUGAUCAAAGAUUUCUUCCAGAUAACAUAGAAACAAAAUAUUCAGUCUAUAAAAUAAAUCUGCAUCAGUUAGAUGAGGAAGAAAAUAGAAACAAUGAUAAAGGGAAAAAUACAGUUUCAACAUCCCGAAAUGUUGAAGACAUAAGAAGUUAUCAGUUACCAUCAUACAUGGCUCGGAAUAAUUUGGAUGAUGACAUUAGCGCUGAUAAUCCAAACAAUUUAAAUGAAAACCAUCAAAGUUUUAUGGGUGCAGAUCAGAGUAUUUCAUCUGAACCAAAUUAUAACGUAAAUCACCAGUAUUCAACCAGAGCACAUUUUAACUCUAGUAUGCCGAACUUUCAAAAUAAUCAUUUAAAUGAGCAAGCUUUCCAGAAUGUUGGUGUCCGAGACCACAAUUUUCGGCCAACCCAUUUCAGAAGUCAUAACUAUUCCAACAAUUUCCAACCGAUGCACAGCCAAGUGAACAGUAGGAACAGCCUGCUGAUGCGAGCAUGCGAAAUGCAAUUAAUGGCAGCCAAUAUGAUGCAGACUGCAUCACAAAUAUUAGCAGCUUGUAAUCGGCCACAAACUUAUAAUCAUCAGCAGAUGCCCUUUGUGCCUCAGAAUCAACUUGCGUUUACAUCAAAUCAAAUGGUCCCUUUUACAAGACCGGUAUUCACCAAUUAUCCAAAUGUGUUCGGUAACAGACACUUUUAUUAUACCAACAAUAGUAACAAUGGUUAUCAGCAAAGGCAGUGGAGUCAGAGGUAUCAUGGCCGAUGUUCUGCACGAAAAAGACCAAGAAAGUAUUUUCCUCUUAUGAACAAUGGAAAGAAUAAUGCACCUUCAUCGUCAAAAUCAAACAAUGAAGAUGUUAUUGUGCUAGACUCUGAUGAAGAAGAAAAAGGGUAUAAGAGACAUAUUAAAAAACCUCAUACUUCAGCCAACAAUACAGAUAAAAAAAAAAGUUUCCCGGUAAUAGACAUUUCUAAUGAAAAUCAUUCUGAUGUUGAAAUAAUCUUACCACCAAAAGACAUUGUGGAUUUAACGAGUACCUCUUGUAGUGAAAUUACUCUAAAUAAAAAUAUCAAACCUGAAUUUCCGACUGAUGGAUUAGUGAAGGAUGAAUCUGACGCAACAAGUGUACAAACUAGCAAUAUACCUUCGUCAGAACUGUACAGUCAAGAUAAUCAAGACAUUGUGAUUGAUGUUGUAUCAAAUGCUGGACAAAAUGAUGAUGAAGUUACAACAAAAAGUGAUAGUUCUAUCAAUGAAGAAAAUAAUUAUAAUAAAGAGAGCAGCAAUGAAAAGUAUAUGGAAGAACCUUCAAAUUGGGAACAGUAUAAAAGUUAUUCUCCACCGGCAGGUUCAAAAAAUAAUCUGCCUCUUAUUGAUUUAGACAGAAAUAUUACAAAAGCUUCUGUAUAUGAGACACUACACUUGUUCAAUCCCAUUGAAAAUUCACCCUCAAAAGGAAAGCAGUUGAAAGUAUCAUUUGAUACAUACCUUCCUACCGACCAUUUUAAAAAAUCUUUUAAAAUGUUGCCAAAAUUUAGGGUAAUUGUGAUGAGUGAAGAAGAUCUUAUGCCGACAAUGUAUGAUUUGGAUGCUUUAAAAGAAUUUUAUCAAGAUAAGAUCCCGUUUUUAUUUGCUGUUGUUUUAGAUCAGACGAUUAGCUUUUACAACUAUGAUCAUAUAUCAUUGCCUACAUACUUGUAAAUUAAGUGUGUGAGAGAGAGACAAUGCAUGAGUGAAAGAGAGAGUGAGAGAGAUACAUACAUUUUCAUCCUGUCUACAUGGCAAAAUAAUAAUAAUAAUAAAUUAAAAAAAAGGAUCAGCCUAAUCACUUCAGUGGCCAAAGAGAGGGUUUUUAGCCAAAAUUUUAUCUGCACAGGUUUCAACAAAAAUUGAAAUUGUUGUAGGUAAAAAGAACCAAAAUAAAAUGUAUUUGCUUGAUUUGUUGACCUGCCUUUUGAAACACUUCAUUGUCUAAGAGAAAGAGAAACAGAGAGAGAAUGAGAGGAGGGGGAGAUAUAACGAACUUGAUGUAAUAACUAAAGAUUUAAAAUUGUUUCAACAUUUUUAAUCCUUAUUUGUUAAAAAUGUUUCUCCAUUUAUUAUUUUUAUACUUAGUUAUUAACAAAUAUUGAAUUUCAAACAAUCUAACUACAACUUACCACAUGUAGGCAUUAUUGUACAUAACGUUGAUUGUUUUUAUUUACAGAUUUUAUGUCAAAUGUAAUUUUGGUAGGUUGUUUUAUAAUGGUUAAAAGAAGAAAAAACUGUGGUGAUUAUCUUAGAUCUAGUCAAGGUAUGCAAGCACUAAUUAUAAGUUUAUAUUAUGCCUUUUCUAUAAAUAUUUUGUUAUAAAAUAAUUUUAAAAUGAAAAUAUAUCGCUACUCUCUCAACUAAUGGUUUUCUUCCCUUCCAAAUCAAUUUUAGGCAAUGAAUAUUUAGACAAUUUUCUCUUAAAUAAUUUCAUGAUAACUGAUCUGAAGAUGGUAUUUAUUAAAACACGCAUUGUUAUAAGUAAAUUGGUUAAAUUCUGUUUGAAUUAGCAGUUGGGAAAAUAUCGCCUGUAUUAUUUGGAAUAGUAAUGUACUGAGAUGAAAACGGCUAACAAAUUGAGUGAAAACAACUUACAAAUAACAAAUAUUUUGUAAACUAUUUUUGUUUACAAAUUUAUUAGUUUACAUCUCACCGGCCAUGUGGUAUAGAUAUCUCACAGCUUGUAAGUAGUAUCAUGUCAUUCAUUUUGCCAGUCAGACGAAUAAAAUCUUUUUUGGAAUUGUGCGGAAAAAUCUUCGCUGGGAACUUACUUUACUAAUGUACCCACGUUGCUGUUUUGGUAUAUUUGUCUGCUUUGUGACCAAAAAAAAAAAAAAAAAAAAUGGGCAU